ACCCUUCGUCCGUUCGGCCCCGAGAAGGAGGACUAGUGCGCCCAUGGCGGUCUCUCUGAGGCGCUUCUACUCCUUCCAUCUCUUCUUCGAGGGUUCUUGGCGUCCUUUCUCCCCUCAAAUUCCUCCAACAUUCCCUCCCCUUCCGCGAUCUAGCUCGUCCGCCGACGCCGAGAUGUCCCACGGAGACGCCGCCGCCCUCCACCACUCCUCCCAGCCGGACUUCGACGAUAUCGCGAACCUCAUCAACGCCAGCGUCCAGUCCAGCCCAGCCACCGUCCUCCCUGCUCGGUCCCCCAGCCCUCCCUGCGCCUCCAUCCCCGUCUUCUCCUUCCCCUUCGUCCCCUCCGGUCUCCCACCGCUGCCCUUCUCCAACAAAAAGCCGCUGCCAGCUCCCCCGCCGCCUUCCGGGGCCUGUCCUUCUCUUCCGGUCUCUCGCUAGGGCAUCGCCGCCGAUGGAUUCGGACCGCCACCCAGCACGCUGGCGGGGCCCGUCUGGGACACCGUCAAGAGGGAUCUGACCCGGAUCGUGACCAAUCUGAAGCCGGUGGUGCUCCCGAACCCUAACCGGGAGGAUCCGGGGAAGGCUUUUAGGGAUUGGGACCUGUGGGGGCCCUUCUUCUUCAUCGUAUUUCUUGGGCUCAUUCUAUCUUGGUCGGCCUCGGUGAGAAAGAAGGAAAUUCUGGCCAAAUACUUGAAUGCGAUGAGGUUGGUAGUUUGGAGUAUUAAGGGCUGUGUUGGAGCAGGUAACAAGGUUGCAGAUAGGGUAGUGAUGAUGGUGCUGGAAGUGAAGCAGGUGGUAGGGGCAGGGCAUGCCUUUAGCUGUCUGCAGUAUUUAUUUUUCCUAAGAGUAGCUGCCAGUCCGAGGUGUUUGGUGUCGCAUUUGCAGUGCUUGCAGCUGGCUCCAUAAUUCUGAUAUUGAAUGUUUUGCUGCUGGUUGGGCGCAUCAUCUUCUUUAGAGUAUCAGUCUUCUGCGAUAUUGCCUGUUUCCUCUGGACGUUGGAGCUCUAAUCUGUUUGCUGGGAAUCAAUGUCAUCAUCAAGAUGUUGGUGGUGUUGGUAAUGUGGUCAUGGAGUUCCUGGGCUGCAUAACCUUUCAUGAUCAGUUUUUAUUUUGUAUCUCUCUGUCGGCUUUCUGAUCAGUGCCAUUGAUUGGGGCAACAAGGAGCUGACCGCUGCAGUGCCAAGGAGCUGGGCUGCACACACUUUGUGCUCCUUGGUGUCCUAACUUCGAUCAAAAUUUAGAGUCACGUACAUGGUAACAACCAUGUCAAUUGCUUCUUUUUUUUUUUUUGAUCAUAUUUAUUUAUUUUAACAGAUUAGAGGAAAAAAAUAUGCUCUCUUUGGCUUAAAAUUGUGAAGUAUUUGGUAUCUGUUUGUGACUUUGCAAAUCCAUUUUUUGUACGGUCCAGGAAGCUUCCACAUAUUAGUUAUUACAAUGAAGCAGCAAAGAAAAGCCAUUUGAAGGUUUGUAAAACUAGCAUUUUGCAAAAUUUCUUGCACGACAUGAGGUUGUAAUCUUACAUUUCUAGUUUGCUUUUUAGUUUUUUCU